GCUGGUGAAGGAGACCACUGCUCAGCUGACGGUGACUGUCCAUGCCUGAGGCCGUAGUCGCCCCCCUCCCGUUAGCCACUUCGCCUGAUUCCGACUUUCAAAACCAUCGCCAUCUGCGCUUCGAACAGCGUGAACAACGCUCCUCACCGGAACAAGUAGCUACCUCGGGCAGGCGCAGAAUGUCUGAUAAGAUUGCCGCUGUGGCUGCUUACCUACGUUGACCCAUACAUCUCCAUUGAGUACGGCCGCAAGGGCUUUGUCAGACUACAAGUCGAUUUCGUCAGAUAUCCUCACACAUCCACUACACUGCAGCCAACAUGCAAACCACAAGACAUCUGCUCUCGCCACCCUCGCUUGACGAGCUAGCGCAGGCUCUCCAUCCUGCACUAACAGCGAACUAUGAGGAUGCCUCCAUCUCCGUAGUCGACAGUCCUGAUCUCAGGGAGGCUCCAUACCGUUUGGCAGCGCGAGGUUUGUCCGGAAAUGAAUGUGUUGCAGACAUCGGCGGGCAACCGCAUCUCUUCCCGCGACCUCGGCUAGAGAAGAAAUAUUCUAUGCUAGAGUGCGCACAAUGUAUGGAGAUGUCGAAGGACCGAGGGCUGCUCAUCGGAGCCGGUGCAGGCCCGUUUCAUGUCCUGGGUAAGAAUUCCGAACUGGCGCCCAACUUGAGCUGGACAGACGGCUUCUCCAAGCUUGAGAACAAAACUCACUUCGCCAUGACGGGCGAACAUAACACGGAUGUGGUAUGUGAACCUUCUCCGAGCACCGACUGUGCCCUCAUGAUGAAUCUGUAUGGAAGCUCUGGCAAUGCUGGACCUGUCCUUAAAGUCACUGCCCGUGCCCGCAAAGGCGAGCAGAAGAGCUUCACAGAGUGCAUUCGGCAGGCUCUGCACCAAGUCUACGGCGACGAACGCCAGAUCACGCUUGGAGGCGUCUUCGUCAUCAAACGCGGCAAAGCGCUCUUCCACGUCAUGCCGGACUUUCCGCCCGAGAGCGAGUUGCCGUGGAAAGAGCGAGAGCAGCUGAACAGUUGGCUAACGUUCCACGAGUUCGGUUCGCCGAUGGUCUGCUUGACGAUCUUCCAUUCAGCUGAUCCCGAGAAACUGGGGUUGAGAAUGGAACAUACGCAUGCGUUCUCUAGCGAUGGGAAGAGUGAAGGUGGGCAUUACCAUUUCGACCUGCCUGUGGGUGACGAUGGAGCGGAGGAGAUUGAGUAUGAAGCGUACUUCAACACUGCGAAAGUUCUGUACAGACUCGAUCAGCCUGAAGUCAGACCACAGCAGGAUCUACAUAAUUGAACCUGACCGGUUAUGAUAAACUCAGUGAGCUGGACAUUCAAUCCAGCUAAAUAUCCCAAAAGCCACAUUGCAUAUAGGGUAGCUCAUUCCUCUUUGAGGUCCAUAUUUUCCUCAA